AUGACAGAAUUUGAUCUUGAUGCUGCUAAUCCCAAGCUCUUUGAGUGUCUUGUGGGGUAUUUCAUUGGAAGGCGGUUGCCGUUUAAAGUUAUUGAAGAGGCUUUUAAAAAAACCCGGGGUCUGAAUAUGUUCGAAGUCAUGUCUAAUGGGCGGGGGCUGUUUCAAUGGAAACCAGGUUUGGAACUCAGUAAAGACACCCAUCGCUUGGUUCCAAUUUGGGUGAGACUUCGGAACUUACCCUUUUCAUUUUGGUUAGCUCAAUCCAUUGGAAAAGUGGCCAAUGCAGUGGGUAAACCACUUUAUGUGGAUCAGCAGACAGAGCAGAUGACAAUGCCAACGUUCACCAGGGUUUGUGUUGAAAUAACAGCCCAGCAACCAACUUGUGAAUCUAUUGAGCUGCUCCUUGAUGGUAAAUCGGUGGAAGUGAAAGUCAAAUAUGAAUGGAAACCUCUUGCUUGCUUUAUGUGUGGUAUCUUUAGUCAUAGCUGUAAAACAGUUGCUCCUCGAAACUCUGUUGUUCCUCCUACAAAAGGAAAAUCUGCAGAAGCUAAUCAGGUCUUGAAUGCUGGUGUCAGAGUUCAUCCUGCUCAAGACAAGUCUGUGCAUCCUAACUCCCCUACUCGUCCAUAUGGUCCUGCCUUCUCUCAUAAUCGUCAAAAAUAG